AUGGACGAUGCUCAGGCCCGCGCAGCCGACUACCUCGAUGACAAGCUGCAGACCGUCGGCGACCUUGACUCGCUCGACGCGUUGCUGGCGAACAUCCACAGCCAGCAUGGCCUGCUCAAACAGCAGCUCCACGACGCCCACAGGGACCUCCACGCGGCCAAACAAGCUGCCCACGACCAUGAGGGCUCGCUGCAGCAGCGCGCCCGCAGCUUCAGGGCAGACCAGGCCGAUAUCGACCGCCGUCUGAGGGUCAUUACCGCCUCCGAGACCAGCGACGAGGCUGUCCCGCGCUUCGAAGCCGUCCUCGACACCCUGCAACGCCUGGACGUGGCCAGUGCCUACGUGGAAUUGCUGAGGGAGGUCGAUGUGCUGAGCAAGGACGCACAAACACAGCUACAGUCGUCCAGCAACGCCGCUCUAGACCCCUACAAGCAGCUGCGGUCCCUUCACACCCGCCUCAUCCCCCUGCAAGACAACGCCGAGGGUGCUACUCCUCAAUUGCUCCACCACAUCGACAAGAUCACCCGGGCCCUCCGCACGCAGGCCCUAGAUACGUUUACGUCGGACCUCGAGAAGGUGCUGAAGAAGAUAGGAUGGCCCACCCCAGAUGCCUCCAUCCCAGACCACCUCCAUGAGGAAUGGCAGUCAGCAGUGGCGAAGCUGUUGGAACUGCAAAUGCCUGAACUUGAGGGCGUGGAAUAUUCCAUGGGUCCAGGAAAUGAUAUCAACCUCCCAGCAGUUCUUUUCCCAUUCGAAGUGCUAGUCCAGCCGCUGGAAAUGCGAUUCCGAUACCACUUUGAAGGCGAUAAGCCAACAAAUCGAAUCGACAGGCCUGAAUAUUUUCUCACCCAUAUCACCACCCUGUUGAACGACUACAGCCCAUUCGUGGUCGACUACGUGCAGCCCGUCCUCCUGAAACAUUUUCGUGGAACUGACGUUGCCCUCAAGUCCGUUUAUAUCGAUGCAACGUCCGCCUUCAUCACCGCCUUACUUCCGAUGCUGAGGACUAAGAUUGGCGCACUGCUCCCGAAGGUGGCUGGCCAACCCCAGCUCCUGAGCCACCUGAUGCACGAGGUCAUGAAUUUUGACACUACUAUCAGAGAGGAAUGGAGGUAUGAUGGCGGAUAUGGCUUGGAGGGGUGGAGAGGACUAGCAUGGGAGUUCCUUGUCCAAGCCGACUGGUUUGGGCGGUGGCUGCAGGUCGAGAAAGACUUUGCACUGGCUCGCUAUCAAAGUAUUGUCGAUGCUCCCGACUUUGGUGAUCUUGACUAUGAGAGUGUCGAUCCGAAAGCUACUAAGCCAACCAAGGGAGCCAUUCGCGUGAAUGACUUACUGGAAACAAUCACAGACCGAUACCGACCCCUGAUCUCCUUUUCGCAGAAACUUCGGUUUCUGAUUGAGAUUCAAAUCGCCAUUUUUGACAAACUCCAUGAACGCCUCCAGAGCAAUCUAGAAGCUUACUUGACCAUGACGACGUCGUUUGGUCGCGCUGUUGGUGGCGUAACAAAAGAAGAACAGGAUAAGCUGCAAGGCCUUGAAGGCCUUGAGCGUCUCUGUAAGACGUAUGGUAGCGCAGACUAUCUGGAGAAGGCGAUGCGAGACUGGAGUGACGAUGUGUUCUUCCUCGACAUUUGGGAGGAGCUCCAAGGCCGCGCCAGCAAGGCUAGCAAUAUUGGCUCCAUGACAGUUGCCGAUGUUGCUGAACGCACUUCGAGUGCUGUAGUCUCAGGCACUGAUGGUGGCGCUCUAUUUGACGAAACGGCUGGGUGGUACUCACGCCUCCGCAUCCGCAGCGAAAAGAUCAUCAUUGACUUGCUAAACAACAAUGUGCGGGAGGCGCUGAGGCCUUACCGAAAUAUUAAUCCCUGGUCCACCCUCUCUGGCUCCUCGGCCUCAGCCAACGCCAACGUAUCGACUACUGCGGAGCUUGACCCACUGCUCACGCUUCUAAACAAUACAUUGAGCUUUUUGUCCCGCGCUCUGGCCCUGGCGCCUCUCCGCCGCAUUGCGAGAGCGGGUUUGGCCACAAUUUCGACCGUUCUCUGGGACAAUGUGCUCGGCCGCCACCGCUUCUCUACUGCGGGUGCGGCCCAAUUGACGGCUGACCUUGCAGCUAUUUGUCGCGUGGUGGACGAGAACGUGGGUACAGGUGCUGCAGAGGCCGGCCUAAGAAAAUGUCUAGAGGGUGCUCAGCUAGUUGGACUGCCAGUCAAGGGCGGCAAAUCGGAAAUCAAGGCCCCUGUUCAAACCAACGAAGAGGAAGCCGGAGAGGAUUGGGGUGCUUGGGGCGGAGAAGGCGAAGAAGGUCUUGGGGAGGGAAAGAGGGUAGAGGCGAAGGCUGCUGGUGAAGAAUUAGGCCUUUGGGAAGUCGAGAAGAGACUAUUCGCUGAUAACAAGAGUGCGAGAGAGGUUCUUGACGAGUUGGGCAUGGAAAUGUUGACAGAGACGGAGGCAAGAGCCGUUCUAGGACGAAGAGUAGAACUCGCGGGUUAAUGCUGGGCGGAUCAGUCCUUUGCCACAUACGAAAAUUCAAACGCAUCUGUAGAAAAGACUAUGUUCGUUACGGAAAAUAUUCAAAUGAGUAUCGAAGGGAUGC